AUAUCCAAUUCUCAGUUUUAAUUCUGCUUACACCCGUCUAUAAAUUAAAUGCAUAAACGCUGUGAUCGUGGCAUCGAAUUAAGGAAGAACGUAAUGAAAAAGAUUCGGUAAUUUUAAUUGGUCGUGCCGAUCGAAGGAAGGGGGAUACACCUAAGUAAAGAUAGCUGUUAAUAAGUCGAAGAGGAGGAAGGAGAUUUGCUAAAUUCCGGUUUUAAAACUAGAAACAGACGUUAAUGAUAUGGAAGGGAUAAAAUCUGCGCUUCUCAUAUAUAAAAGCGAUUCGCGCGGUUUCAAGCACCGGAAUUAUUUUCUUUGUCACAAGUCUGUCAAUCUUGACGAGAUGAAGUCGUUUUAUUUUUUUAUAUUGGUGGUAUUGCUCGUUGAUCCGAUUCGUACGUUAUCGAUUCCGCGCGUAGAAAAUCGUCUCGCUGUUAUACGCGAUGAUCAGAUUGCGGAAGGAAAAGCGAUUCGCGUGAAAAGAGCUCCUGUGCAUUAUUUGCCUUUGCUCGCGGGAGCAGCCAUAGUUGGUAAAAAAGCGCUUUUAUUGGGCGGUGCCGCCGUUGGAACAAAGGCCCUUGUUGGUGCUGGAAUUGCUGGAGCUGGUUUGUACAAAGCUAAUUAUUUUGGCGGCGGUUAUGGAGGUGGAUACUCAAGCUAUCACUAUGCGCCAUACUCUUACGAACCAAGUUGGUAUUAGCGUCUAAUAUUCGUCGAUACAAGGAUAACAAUUUUGGAAAAUAAUUUUAUCGUUAUUCAGGCAAUUACUUCGGCACACGAUAAAAAGUCUAUUUAUAGAAGAUAUUGGUGUAUCAAAAUUUGUCUUUUAUGUUUUAAAAUAUAUUGUUAUAUAUUUUAA